AAGUGACGCACUCUCCUGUUUCCAAAGGCUGCCUGUGUAGCUAACAACACGGCUGUCCACACUGACAGGAGGGAAGAGACGGCCCAGGAACCACUUCUCUGUUCUCUGAGGAUUUAUUUUUUCACCAGAACUUUUCAUUUCUAGUCAUGGAUUUGCUCCUGGAUUCUGGCUAAUUAUGACAGAUUUCUAUCUCCCAGUUUCCUCCACAGAAUCUUCCUAACUCAACUUUUUUUCAAAACGGAAGGGGAAUCAUUUAUCAUGUCUGUGACUGCCCUGUUCAGGGGCAAGUGGGGGCACAAGUCACAGGACACCCCAGAGAAGCAUCCAGCAGCUGUGGUUCCCCCCGGCCAUGAAGACGACGAUGAUGACGAUGACACCAAAGUCGGUUUCACUAGAGAGACCAUCCGCAGGAACUCACGCUUUUAUCGGUCAAUGAGGAAGAAGAGGAUGGCCGCCUCUGACCAGUCUGAAAAUUCUGGUCUGGACCACAGUCCACCCAGCAGAGCAGGAGUCUCACCCUCUAAUCAUAACACUCCCUUACCCAACAAAUCACCUAUGUUGCCCGGGGCUAGUCGCCCUCAGACUUCACCACAGCUCCAUCAUUCCAGAACUGCGUUGCCAAGCAAUGGUGAGGCCAGCAGCAGACAUGCUCUGUACAACAGAGAUGCUGUGGAAACGAGCAGAGGAGGAGUGGGAGGAGGGAGGAGUGUGGACAUAUCUCCUGCCUCCAACAGCCAGCAUCAAAAUUUUAAAGCCAACAUGAUCACUUACCGGACUCACGGCAUUCGUGGCAGAGACAUAAAGAAGCUGUCUGAGCAAACGGCUGCAGCUUGCACUGUACAGGAGGGCAGAGGAAACAACAUGAGCUCUCAACAGCCCAGUUCAGACGGAGGGGACCAGGAUAACGCCAACCUCAGGUUGCUGAGCAAUGGAGACAGCUCCCAGACAAUCGGCCACAGCCUCAAUAUCGUCAAAAACAUGGCCGUCCUGUACCAGGAAUACCGGGACACCUCCAAGCAGCAGGAGAUCGAGCAACGGCGGCAGCGUGAGAACCUUCCUCCUAGGGUCACAGCAGGGACUGUGGUGGCAGGGUUCGGUGUCACGUCCCCUCCAGCGUUACAGCUGCAGCUGAGGAACAGUGCUCGGUCACUGAGCUUGUGGCAGAACCUGGAAGCUGUGCAGGCCAGUGGUCUGCUCACCCAGCUACAGCAGAAAGAAGUCAUAAUGCAAGAGGCCAUGUUUGAGCUUGUUACCUCGGAAGCAUCGUACUUCAAGAGUUUGGAAAUUUUAGAGGCUCACUUCCUACGUAACCCUGUUUUAAUCAACAUUCUCAGCCAAUCCGACAUGCAUUUUCUGUUCUCCAACAUCGAGGAAGUCAUGAAAGCCAGUGAAAGGUUCCUGAUGGAUCUUGAGCACCGAAUUGAGAAGUCAAUUUUGAUUUCUGAUGUGUGUGACAUUGUUUACCACCACGCUGUGGAACACUUCAGUGUCUUCAUCAAAUACGUCAUUAACCAGGCGUACCAGGAGAAGAACUACAGACGCAUUUUAGAGGGAAACCUGGCAUUUCGGGAGACCAUGGCUUCACUGGAGAACCAUCCACGGGUCAGGGGCCUGUCCUUUACCUCAUUCCUAAUCCUUCCCUUCCAGAGGAUCACAAGGCUCAAGUUGCUCGUACAAAAUAUCCUGAAAAAAGGGGAGGAAAACUCAGACAGGGAAGCAAAUGCCAUAAAAGCACAUCAGCAACUGGGGCAGAUCGUGAAAGAGUGUAACGAGGGAGUGCGCAAAAUGGGUCGUACUGAGGAGCUCAUCAGCAUUGAGAAAACACUGGAGUUUAAAUCCAAGUCUGUACCCAUCAUUUCCCACUCGCGCUGGUUGCUGAAGAAGGGUGAAGUGCAGCUAAUGGCCGGACCUAAGAGCACUCGGACCAUGCGGAGUCGUAAACUCUACCAACCAGUCUACCUGUUCCUUUUCAACAAUCUGCUGCUGGUCACCAAGCGCAGCUCUGGUGGGGACAAGUUCCAGGUUCUUGACUCAUGCACACGGGCCAUGUUGAGAACUGAAGAUCUUGAAGACCAGGGCCAGCUACUGGCCAGUGUCUUCAAUCUUAAACUGCUGGAGAACCAAGAGGAGCGUCCGGUCAGCUACAUGCUCAAAACCACCAGUAUGAAUGAUAAGCUUCGAUGGAUGUGUGCUCUCACUCCUAACCGCCGCACACGCUUUAUGUCUACUAGUGCCCACCAAGGAGACUCUCCACAGGUGCAGUGUAUUCAGUCGUACUCAUCUCAGGAGCCGGAUGAACUCUCCAUCGAGAUGGCUGAUGUUUUGAACCUCCUAGAGAGAACAGACGAUGGCUGGAUGAUGGGGGAAAGGCUCCAUGAUAGCGAAAGGGGCUGGUUCCCUAGUCGAUUAGUAGAGGAGAUCCAGAGCAAGGAUGUCCGAGCUCAGAACCUGAGAGAGGCCUUAAGGAUUCAGCAAGCCCAAGAAGGUGGAGGAGUCCCGCAAACUGGAGCCAGGAUUGGAUUAAGGGUGGGGAGACGCCCCCCAAGGGUCUCCACCUACUCCAAUUCUUGAAUUGAUCAAACGGGGGGAGAGCAGUGAAGUAAAGCAGUGAAGCAGUAACAGUUAUGAAUGUCACCAUUCAGGGCCAAAUGCACUAAAAGUAAUAAUCAGGAUACAUGUGACUUAAAUCCCAUACAAUGACAUCUUGUCCUUUUGAUUUCCACUUAGCACUUGAUGGUUUUAGAAAUCAAAUGAUCAAAGCGCUUGAAUCAAUAACCUUGUACAAGCGAUGCUGCAUGUCUCAUAUAAAUGUGUGCUGAAGGUUUUUUCCUUAGGCCCACACACUGUGGUGUCUAAUGCAUGGAGCAUAGCUCUGUGUUUGGUUAGGAGUUGUGUGUGGGGAUGGCAAGAACCCAAAAAAAGGUCUUGUAAAGGUACUGUAAACAUCCCUCAUAUGCAUGGGCAAGUUUAAAAUUUUUUGAAUGUGUUCAUUUCAUUGUAAAAUACCACAACACUGAAUUACACACCACACCCACAACACACACAGUCAAGUGUACGGUGGCCUCAAGAGCCCAAUGCACUGCAACUUAAGAAAAAAUACCAUUGGAAACAGAUCAAAUCAAACACAUUAAAUACACAGUAACACUGCAAAACAUGUUAAAACACAACCAAAUACAUGCAGUGCAUUGUGCUUUCAGAGCCACCAUACAAGUGCUGAAUGAAAUAGCAUUGUAUUAAAAUUAGCAAUGAUUAUUGUAGUGUAUAUGGAUAUUUAAAUAAGUGACUCAGUUAAGGUGAUACUCCACCCAAAAUCGAUCUUUUGGUUAUGAAACACUGACUCUAGCCAGAGUUGAUUGCUGGUUGUAAAAGGUUGGUCCAUUAUAGAGAACAAUGGCAGUAGUCAGCUUUGAUUCACCGCCGUUACAACAGUGAAAAGUUUUCACGGUAGCUAUAAAAGUGUCAGGACAUCCAUAGAAAUCGAUGGUGUCAGCUACUGUUGACGGACCCCAGUGCUAUUUUCACCUUGAGAUGCGCAAACACACGCGCACACACACCAAAUAGACUGUUUUCCAACUUGUGGGUUACCUUGAAGACACAACCUACUUUGCGAGUCUCUACUGUCACAUGAGGAAAUAGACACUAGACAGUGGACAACAGGAUUUCCCAGUAAUCAAUGCAUAUGAUUAAGUAAAACAAAACAAUACCCACAGAUUAUUUAAUUGAAUAACUUACAGAGUUCAUUUGUUCAUAGUUAUACAGUAUGUACAUAUUCAUAUAGCAUACAGACAUCAGAUAGUGUAGUUUCAGUUUUAUAGUGACAUGUGCUUGGAAAGGAGACAGCAACCAAGACAGACAUGAGUUACCUUAUUUGAAGGUAUGCAAACUAAUAUACUACCAAGUGAAUCUUGGAGUUUACAAUUUGUACAGCUGUUCAUGAGGAUUGCACAUGGACCCCGACUUGUAAUAAGAUAACUAGCACACGGUCCCAAACAGUCCUCCUGAUUUUCUCCCUGCCAUGAAGCCAAGCUGACCACAGUCUCUGUCCUCUGACAAAGAACAAACUACACACCAACAGUCAUCUUCUGCUCCUACAAUGUUUAAUAAUGAAGAGAUACAUUUUGUGUGGAAUAUCACUUUGAAAUUGUCAAUGUAAUAGGAGUACACAUACACACACGCAAGGGAUAAAUCCUGUAAUAGCAAUUUAAUGCCAAAUAACUGCAAUAUGUCGUAACUGUAUAGAAUGCAUCAACACUAUGAGCAACUUCGGAUCAGCAUGAUUGUAAAGCCUUGUGUGUCUUUGAAAACGGUAUGUGUACAUUAAUGUAAACAUUUGAUGUUAAAGCUAAUAAUUACUAAAUAAUUGUUAUUUCAUUUUGUAAGAUGUAAAUUAUUGUUCAUAAAAAAGCAUUAAUCGGUGA